GAUUCAUGUAAUAGGAUAGAUGGAAAGAGAUUUAAGGAUUAAGAGAAAAAAUUAGGGAUUUAGAGAUAGAGAAUUGGGGAUUAGGGAUUGAAGAACAGAGUUGGGCUUAAUAGGGAAAAAUGGCCAAAGCCCUUAGGGAGAGAGAUAGCCGAGAUUUGAGAGAGAAAAGAUAGACUAGGAUGAGAUAAUUUUACUAAUAUUCUUAUUGAUUCAUGAAUGAAAACGCAAAGUACAUAUUUAUAGUAAAAGACAGCCCAUGUUGGCCUCGAUUCUUACCUGUGGCUCAAUUUCCUCAAAAUUUGGCCCAUACACUAGUAUUAGAGUCUGGUUCCUUCCACUCAUCGACCCAGACUCUAGCUUCUGGUCGACCCACCUUGCCCAAGACAUCGGCUGAUCUUGCUGAUUUUUGGCAUGUGACCAUGUUGCAACUCGGCCAACUCCUCUCCUAAUUUCGACCCGCCCAGAUGGUCUAUUUUCAGCCCGAUCCUCCGUUCAGUCGGUGGUCCGAUCUGCUGGUCAGCCUGGCCUAAAUCGACUCCAAUAUUCUUCGGCAGAGAGUUGCCCCGCUAAGACUAGCGGCCCGAGUGACCCGGCCCAACAGGGAGGAGUUCAUUUGCUACUAUGUGGCCCGGAUUGAAGAGGCCAACCUAGGUCUUGCGAGGGGAAGAAUGACUAUGCCGCCUCCUCUCAUCUUCUUCUCAAAUGUCGGAAGCUCCGUCAUUGCCUUCUUCUUUGACGAUGAGCCACGCACCCAGCCACGAGGAGCCAGCUCUGGCGGCUCACCCCCCUGUCAACCCGCACGCUUGGCGAUGGGAAAGACUCCUCCCUCGUUGGCUCUGGCUCACCCUCUUCAUCUCCUCCCUCGUCGGCAACUCCUUCUCCUCGGACUCCAAGGCCGGCAAACCAACACGGUCACCUGUACGUCGACAAAUCCUUCUCUUUCUCAUCCUUCGGCGACAAUUUGUCCUUCGCUUCUUUUUCUAAUAAAGGACACCCAAUUCGGUGACAGAAAGAUCAACUCAAUUCCCUCGUCUUUGUCGCAAACCCGGGAUCACCAAGAUUCUCCUCUUUGGCGAAUCCUUGCAUGACUCAAAGGAGACUUCGCCGGCCUCCUUCGUUUGAUCCUUUUACGGUGUCUUCUAUGUUGCUUCUUCUAUCGGCAAAUCAUGCACCAGGCGAGGGAAAACCGAUCCCUCUCUCGACCUUGUCUUCGUCCUUGCUUCCUCUACGGUCAAUUCCAUCACCACUCUUCAUUGCGGCACCCACGCUAGUAGCCUGACCGGCGAGUCAUAUUAGCGGCACGGCGCAGUCCUUGCCUCACUUUGUAGGUCGGCCUUGAGGUGUACCUCUACAAGUGUCAAUCAUCUUUUCGACAACCCGGUUCUCUGGAUCCCGACCGAUGAGAUGAGGGUGCUCCUUUAAUUCGCUCUUCCCUUCCAAGUUCCUUGUCCGACUCCUUCUUCCUGAACUUCCACCCCUCAAGUUCCUUGGAAGUGGGUUCUCCGACAGUGGCGGUGGAGCUAAUUUUAGCACUUUGAUGAUUGGUAGUGCCAAUGUGAGGCUAGCGUCAGCAGCCAGAUCUCCUUUCUUGCUACUGGUGGUCACAAAAUUCUCAAUUGCUGGAAUUUUUGUUGAGCCUUCAGCGGUGGUUGGCGACGAAACUGUCGCGAUGGCCACGACCACACAAGGGGCUUCUUGUUCAUCUAUAGAAGAAGCGGCUUGGGUUGGUGGAAGCGGCACACUUGGUGCGGUCGGAGCAGCGGUCGAGAUCUCCAGCGGUAGUAGGUCACUCGUCGCCUCUUUUGCAAGUCCCUCUUCAUCUGGGUCGAACAUUGCAAGCAUAGCUAACAAUUUCCCAAUAUCAGCCUCCAUUGAGAAGAACAACUGCCACAUCUUUGUCCUUUUCUCGAAGCCAUCCACAAGUUUAUCCAUGGCUUUUCUUACUUGCUCGCAACAGGCUUUCAUGUUGUAGAUCUCGUCCCGAUUGAGAGUUGUGAUGAACUCAUAUUAGCAACCGGAGCUCUGAUACCACUGUAAGAAACACGUUUGUUAGGGUUCCUUAUGAUUCACGUAACCGGAUAGAUGAAAAGAGAUUUAGGGAUUGAGAGAAAGAAUUAGGGAUUUAGAGAUAGAGAAUUGAGGAUUAGGGAUUGGAAAACAAAAUUGGGUAGAAUAGGAAAAAAUGUCUGAACCCUUAGGGAGAGAGAGAAAAGAGAGACUAUGAUGGUGAUAAUUUUACUAAUAUUCUUCUUAUUUCUGAAUGAAAAUUCAAAGUACAUAUUUAAGAGACACCCAAAAUCCUAACACGCAUAAUCCCUACUAACCCUAAUAUUACGUUUCUUACAUUGCCUCUUGAGAAAUUCCCUUCGCCUGACAUAGAAUCACAAGUUGAACUUAAGGUCCAGUUUCUUACCCUAAAAUAUAUAUGAGUUUCUCAACGAGUGAUGCAUUAAGUAGUACUAAAUUAGGGGUUUGGUGUUUGGGGGUGCAGAUGGAGAAGUCUAUCACAAAGGUUGAUAAUAGCAUAACAUAGGCAACAUUAGGGUGGCUACACGGUCCGGUCUGGUUAAAUUGGACUAAAUUGAUUCGGUCUCAGUCCGGUGUUUUCGGGAAUAUAAGGACUAAAGAUUGGAUUGGAUACAGUCCGGUCUUGAUCCGGUCCGGUCUUGACCCGGUCCGGUCCCAAUUUUAUCUUGAUUUUAGGUGUUGGGGGUCUCUUAUCCGGUCUUUAUCCGGUUUUUUACCUCAAAUCUAAGCCCGAAUAUGAUAUUGCAUUGUUUGCUAUCCGGUCCCAGUCCGGUCCCGGUCCGGGUUAUACGGUCCGGUUUUGGGUAAAACCAAACAGUUCGGGACCAAAUAGCCAGCCCUAGGCAACAUAUUAUGCUUGGCUGAGAUACUACAACUAGAGGUGGCAAUUUUCAAUCCAAUCCAAUUCAUCCACUAAAAUAUCCAACUAAUCCAAUUCAUUUACAGAUCGUUUGCUUCGCGGAUUUGAAAAAUGAUGGUUUUGGUAAAACUUGGGUUUUGUAAAACAAUGGAUAUAUGAUGGUUUUGUGUUCAUUAUGGACUUGAAAAGUACCAUUGUUUGUUUCAUAGAUUUCAUGAUGGAAUUGGUUAAUUAUAUUUGUAUGUAGGAAGUGAAAUUUAUCCUUAUUGCCCUCAUUGGUAUGAGAAGCGAAAUGAAAUAAGAGGACUAGUUUUAUCUUAAAUGAUGGACUUCGAAGUCCAGGAUCAAUUCUAAUCCACUCGAUUCAUGAAUACACUAAUUCAAUCCACCAAUCCAUCGAUCCAAUCUAAUUGCCACCUCUUACUGCAACUCAAUCAGGGAAAUCGGGAAGGACAAGGCGACGCUUGUUGAGCUGGCCAAUCAGUUCUGUGGAUCAAUAGGAUUGAAGAAACCACCUUCCAUGUUCAGGAGAAGUGCACUGAAAAUGGGAUUGAAGGACAUCCCUGGAAUCCGGAUUCGACAAUAGAAAGGGCAAGCUCAACUAACUUGGAGAAGAGGACCACCUGCUAAAGAGUGAGAGGUAGUCAUCGUUCUAUCUCUGUAUUUCACCCCCACAACUUUUCCUUCACACUUCUACUUUAAUUCAGGCAAGAGCAAUCGAAACUUUAAGUGAAAGGACUUGGAAUUUGGAAAUGUAGGAAAAAGUUGCUUUUUAUUAAUGAAUGCAUCGACAUUCCAACACAGGAAGGGGCAUCUUUGAUUGCAAAAGGUAGAAAAGAGAAGAAACGCAGAGAGGCUGGCGGAGGAAAUGGGCAUAUGUACUGUUGCGUGGUGGUGUUGGCUCAAAAUCCAAGAGCCACAUAUCUGGCCAACUUGCGAGAAGUAGAUUCAAAGAACAUCAUAGUUGCAUGAUUGUGGCGACCUGCCCAACAAAAACGACAUAAGUGACACAAAAUGAUGGCUAGCUAUCUAUCUAUAUGCCAUGCCUUUACGCAGGGUACUCUUGAACAGGGUAAUACACCAAAAAUCCCUCCAUUGGAGAUGUCGGAAUAGCUGCCAGCCCAAUUGUCAUUCUUUCUUUGAUAUUUGAUGGCAUCUCAAUUCUCAUCUAGUAAAUCCUCCACUCACUGCGUGAAGCCACCUCUGAAGCGAGGCUAAAUAGUUAGGAUUUUAUUAUGAUUUUGACUCUCGGAAGAUAAUUCGAGUACAUAUGGACUUGAAUCGGACUAUGAGUUGCUACGAUUGAAUUAGUUGGGGUCUCGCUGUCCGGUCAGCGAGUGGGGUCCAGGGGCAAUGCCCCCGGCCCGUAGUGUAUGUGCUUAAUGUUAUUUGGGUUCGGGUUCUGGGUCUGGUCUGCAACCGUUUCCUUUGCCAUAUUGGAUUAGCUUUAGAUCCACAUGGGAGAAGUACUAUAAAUAUUUCUCAUACUC